AUGUCAGCUUUAGGGAAUCCACAUACCGAUAUGCUGCCUUCCGAGGACUCGAGCUUUUUCUCCAACUUACCCACUGAAUUAAAGUGUCGCAUUGUCGAUUUACUUGCUGCAAAAGAUGUCAUUAACCUCCGUCUUACAUCAAGAGCUUGGGGUGGUGUAUCUGUCACCGGUCUUUUCAAUGUCCGUACUGAGAACCAUAUCGAACAUGGCGUGUUUUCCAUUCGACCACAUCUUGACGAUAUGACUCGAUUACGAUCCGUUGCUGGCUCCCCAUGGCUAGCAAGAGUUAUAAAGCAUGUAAAAAUAUAUGUUGGAGAUUUGGAUAUGUUAGAAUUCGACCAUGAAGUUCAGACUGUCAAUGGAUAUACCAAAAUCGAGAGUAUGUUGACUUGUGAAAGGAAGGUCAACACCUUAUUGGAACAGACUGUUCAGAACAGAAUGAAACAUUGCGAUCCGGUCAUGCUGUCUCACUCCCUGUCAAAAUUACCCUCGGUUAAAUCCGUUACAGCCACCGCGAAUGAAUGUCCAUUUUCGCCUUCGGAGGUCAAUUUCACAUUAGCAUGGAUGCGACUCAUGCGAAGAUGGAAUCGUGAGCCAGACGCACUUUAUGACUCUUACGAUACCACAUUUCCUACAAGAUCCAGUAUCAGACAUCUCAGUAUACUACUCGCAAUACGAUUACUGCAGAAUCCUGUUCGAAAUCUAGUAUUAGAUACUUUUCCCAUCGAUCUUUUCGCCAGUCAAAGCUUCCAUGACGAUGACGACCAACCUGGACCAUCCUAUGAAAUCCACACUAACUUCCUCCAUGAUAUGCAAGAUAUGACAUCGAAAGUUGAGAAUCUCCGAAUUGGUAUCAAUCCUGUUAGCAACAAUGCAACAACUCACGAGCACACCAGAGUAAUCGCUAAAUCUAUGAGUAUGUUUAUGGGAUCCAUGCAAUCCCUUCGAUCUUUAGAUAUUACCUUGAACAUGUCCUCUCGAUUUCCGAAUGAUUCAAUGGAAUUAACAAACCAGGGUGAAUUCUAUUCCAAUACAUUCCCACGCCUCGAGCACUUUUGUGUUUCCAAGGUAAGAUCUUUCGAUACGCCAUUCUUCUCAUUCAUUUUCCGUCACAAAGCAACCUUGAAAUCUGUAUCCCUAGGACACGAUUUCUUCCUCGUUCCUCAAGAGAGACCUAGGGGUUGCGUCUCUGUCAAAUCUAUUCUUUACAAACUGCGCGAUAGCUUGAAGCUGGAGAGAUUCCAACUGUUAGUCAGUGCCGGCGAUCAACGGAUAUAUGAUCAGGAGUGGCAGGUCGCAAAGUCUUCUGGAGAUAAAUUACCAGAUGCAAAAUUAUUCGAAAUGUUCGUUUUGGGGAAAUGGUCAUGGCCAAUGAUAAAUGUAGAUUAUCCGCAUUGGAGAAGAUUGGAUGAGUGGAAAGGAUGGGUUAGAAGAGAUGGAUGGGAUAAGCUAAAGUCGAAGUCGAAAAGGGACAUUAGAGAGUUGGAUUGGCAGGACGUAGAUGUAUAA